AUGCGGUGGGUGCUAUUGUUGAUCCUUCCCUGCCUGGGGGGCUCCAUGCCCAAGACCCCAGCUCCUAGUCCAGAGACUGAGUUUGUGGGCAUUGUCGGGGGCCAUGACGCCCCACCCAGAAGAUGGCCCUGGCAGGUCAGCCUCCGAGUGUACAAUAAGGAGCUGGGGCUGUGGCAGCAUGUGUGUGGGGGCUCCCUCGUCCACCCCCAGUGGGUGCUGACUGCGGCCCACUGUCCUGUCCCGAUAGAGUUGGGGCCCAGUGCCUAUCGGGUCCAGGUCGGGCAGCUGAAACUCUAUGACCACGACAAGCUGACGAAUGUGACUGAGAUCAUCCGCCACCCCAAGUUCAACCUCAGCCUGUCUGCCGAGGGGGGCGCAGACAUAGCCCUGCUGAAGCUAGAGACCUCCGUGAUGCUGUCGGACUAUGUGCAGCCGGUCAACCUCCCACCCACCUCCCUGACAGUGCCUGCGGGGAAGACGUGCUGGGUGACUGGCUGGGGUGCUGUCAAGAUGGGAGCGCACCUGCCCAAGCCCUACAGCCUGCAGGAGGUGGAGAUCCCUAUUGUGGGGAACGAGGACUGUAACCAACGCUACCUGAGCGGCGUCUCCUCAAACAAAACCACCAAGGUCAUUCAGGACGACAUGCUGUGUGCGGGCAGCGAGGGCCGUGACUCCUGCCAGGGUGACUCUGGGAGCCCCCUGGCCUGCAGUUGGAAUGACACCUGGUUCCAGGUAGGGCUGGUGAGCUGGGGCGACAGCUGUGGCCACCGCUUCCUCCCAGGGGUCUAUGCCCGCGUGAUGAGCUACGUGUCCUGGAUUCACCAGUAUGUCCCCGACUCCCACCGGUACUAG